GGAAGACUGACAAAACUGGGCAUUAAACUCAGACUCCAGUUUCAGCGCCUCACCUUAGAGACUAGCCUUCCUCCUUCAAACUGCAGUGCAUUAAGUGAUGCUAAGGCAGUUUCCAUGUCAAGAAAACCCUGGUAGGUUGGUGUGAAGUUCCCCGUUCCCUCUGCCCGAAUCUCUUCCUCUGAAGCGGUCACCAGCGUGUGGAGCCUGCCCCACACCCAUCACCUGCCAAACCACGGCCUUUACCUGUGUCUUCCGGUGUUUCCCGUGCGACCCGUCCUGCGGGAGUGCCUCCUGGGCCACCCCAGAGUUCACCCAGCGCUCAGUGGCUCCAAUGGUGAAGAUGACAAGGUCCAAGACUUUCCAGGCAUAUCUGCCUUCGUGCCACAGGACCUACAGCUGCAUUCACUGCAGGGCUCAUCUUGCCAACCACGAUGAGCUCAUUUCCAAGUCCUUUCAAGGAAGCCAAGGACGAGCAUACCUCUUCAACUCAGUAGUUAAUGUGGGUUGUGGCCCUGCAGAGGAGCGGGUGUUAUUAACAGGAUUACAUGCGGUUGCAGAUAUUUACUGUGAAAACUGCAAAACCACACUGGGUUGGAAAUAUGAACACGCUUUUGAAAGCAGCCAGAAGUAUAAAGAAGGCAAAUACAUCAUUGAACUAGCUCACAUGAUCAAGGAUAAUGGCUGGGAUUGAAUGGAAAGAGCCCAGCCCUACCAGCGUGUAAGAGAAUGCCAUCCAACCGAACAUUAUAUCCAAGAGUGAGAGAGUGACUGAACGCUUGGUUCCAUGCAUUUAGAGGCUCUGCAAUUUGGGAGCAUCUUCACACCCUUCUCCAUCUUUAUUGGUGACUGGCCUCUAAAUUUCUGUCUCUCUGUCUCUUUGCUUUGUAUCUGUUUGUGAGUUGACCCUGGCUGCUUCUCUCUCUGUUCUGGCGUUGGCUAAGAGAAUGCACCGAAUGCCCGACAGCCAUUCCAUGUUGACGAAUGUUUAAGUACAAACUGAAGUUGGCUCUGUGGUGGCAUUUGAUCAGAAGGUCUCGGUGCGGGAGGAAGACACGAGUUUUUGGGCAGGAGAAGGUGAUAGGGGGUGGGGAGUGGGCCCAAAGGGAAGUCAUCAGAAGUCGAAACUGUACUUCUCCUUUAAGUCCUGGUUAACCAAGGCUUGAAACUAUCUACUUGUCUAAAUGGACAGAAAAAUACCUCACGGCUGCGUUCUCUCCGAAUCGUAAAACCGCUGCUCCACCGUUGGAGCUUCAGUCUAAGCCGGCUGAGCACAAGUCGUAAGCAGUUCCCCCCGCAAGCUAAUUGCAAAUCUGUGUUUUGUUUGCUGUUUAUGAACUUGUUGUCUUGGGGGGGGGGAGGGGGGGACACACACGACCUGAAGGUUGGAGAGAUUCCCUGCCUCUCCUUUUUCUCGCUGUUUCAGGGUAGGUAGGCCGAACAUCCCAACAGAGCACAGCUGUGGGGAGCAUCCUCACAGCUGGAGAAACCAAAUCCUGACUCUUGAGCCCUUUCAGAGAGGAGGAGAAAACCGCUUAAGGCACGAUGGGGCUGGAGCUGCAGCUUAGAAGAGAUGACAGGUGAAAAAAAAGGCACGUGAUAGGCAAGGAAGAGGAAAUUACGUAGAGGAGGACGGGGACAAACUUAGUAAAGCAGGGUACCCCUUGAUUUCUCAGCCUCCACUGAGCAUCCUUGGGGGUCUUUUACCAAUCCUUUACAAGCACGAGUAAGAAAAUGCUGUUACAGAAUCUUUUUCUUAAAUCCCAGGCCCCAGCCAUCAGCUCUGCUCGUGGAGCCUGGCAGAGCAAUGGUGCGAGAGUGGGGAGAGGAGGGAGCAGAGGAGCCUGGCGGUUGUAUUGCACAGGUGGAUAUUUCAAGCCAUGAGGUAUCCUCCCCAAAACCUUCCCCGCUUUUCCCAGCCCCAGAAGCCUGUUGCAGGCACGGGGGGAAUGGGAAAGAAAAAAAAACACAACUAAACAUCUUCCCCCUACCCCUGAAAUUGUCUUUGCCUUGGAGUUUAAAGGGGAGGGGUAGAUGUGGGCAUCAUAACUGCAAGGGACAAGUCCUUCCCAUUUUAAGUUUUUAAUUUUAAUUAUUGUGGACCUUCCCGAAGUGGUUGGUGAGGAAGGGGCAUCGAGUGUGAGAGGGGAGCUGCGUUAGACGUAAAUGACAAUGUGAAGUUUGCUCUGCAACAGUCCAGCCAGUAUCUGGUGCAUAACUCAAAGACUAUUUAACGGAAUUAGUUUUAUUUCUCUGAGUGAAUUUUAUUUUUGUUUGUGGAAUUCUUUCAAGUAGGUUAAUCCACUGGGGGAAAAUCUUUCUUAAUCCAGAAGGAAAGAGUAUUGUGCAGGGGUUUGUAACUCCUUAUGAAACCCAAGCUUUGGAGCUGUAAUCUGUUGUCACUUGCCCCCACCCUCAAGAUACUCUCAGUUUGCUGUGGGACUGGGACGGGGGGCUGGUGGUGAGAAAGUCAUUUGCUGAUAAACGAAGGGGAUGUGAGCAGAGACGCUACUUAUGGAUCAGGGUGGACCUUCCAUGUUGGCUCUUUGUGUGGAAACCCAAACCUGAUGGCCCAUCUAAGCAAAGGCUGGUUUUCCUCUUGAGCUGCUGUUCUUUACAACCUUGGAGAGGGAGGUGAGGUGGGGUCUGGCCACGGUUCCUGCCUGGAUGAGGUUGGCUGGGUUUGUGGCUGGUCUGCUGGGAGGUGGCUUCUGCCUUCACCCUGUCUGCUCUGGCUGCGUAACAGCUGCUUCAGCUUUCAUUUCUGAUCGUCUUGCUUCCAUCAUCCGCAUUCCCUUCAGGGAUAAAAAUCCAGUAGAAAUCAAAAACUCUACAGCAGGCACUAUCUUGUUGGCUUUGGCAGUGGCCUGGUCCCAUUUUCCUGACCUUUGGCUGGUGAUCCAUGGCAAUUCAUUAGGUUUUGGCUAGUGGGAAGUAAUCUGCAAUUCUUUGAAGAGCUCUCCAGUCUCCCCAGAUACAUAGCAUUUAAAGGGCUUCGUUUGGAGCUGGGAGAAGUAAGGGAGAAUCCCAAAUGAUUAAUAUGAGAGAACUCCAAAUCAUUAAUAUGAGAGAACCCCAAAUCAUUAAUAUGAGGUUAAGAAAAAAGAGCACACAGGGGCUCCUGGGUUUAUGUUGGUAUUUAGAGUGAUUGCCUUUAAAAAGCGAUAUAAAAGGCAGGCCUGUCUAGAGGACUGCUCUCAAAAAUAAGAACAGUUACUCCAGGGAGCUACCAGAUGUGUUUUUAUCCAUCUAUUUGGGACAGGAAAGGAUGAUGAUCCAUCAGAUUGGGCUGUUUUUAACUGUUCACAGAGGUUACGCUUUUAAUGGCAACCAGUCUAAGCCCAAAUAUGGCAAGAUCUUAAUCUGGUUUUAAUUGGUUUUGUCCCAUCAGCAUCCACAGACUCAUACUUGCUGAGAAUCUGGCCUCAAGCCCUGAUACGAAAAUAAUAUGUGUGCCUGUGAAUGUCCCCAACACCCAGAGAAUUAUCUCUAGAGUGACUUUAAUCCACUGGACAGGGAGAUUAGGAAAAAUGGGUUUGUGAGGCUCAUUGGCGUUUGUUCUCUGCUGUGUGUCCAUUAAAUAUGAAGUACUUCUCAGUCUGCUGCUAACUCCUCUGUGACUCGCUGUAUUAAGCCACGUGACAGUAUUGGGAGCUGGUGACCAGGCAGGGUGAUGAGAUCUACGUGCCGGUGGCUACCACAAUCAGCCCAGGCUAAAUUGGUGACUGGGUAGAGUGAUAUAUUCCAAGCAUAACCAAAGAACCUCACUCUCUGCAUCCCUCUGCUCCUGGGAGUUGAGUGUAGCCCGUUCGUUAGUGACUGGGGUGAGCAAGGUGGGACAGUUGGAGAUGUGGCCCAUGGAAACUGCCUCCUUGGGCAGCCACGGAGCGCCCGUGGUGCUGCUUUCUGUAGGUGGGAUCCUCAAGAAAACAUGAUCAGGAGUGAGUUCUGCUCCUUAUUUAACGUGGCAGCCUCUCCUCUGGCAAGCUGCGUGCACCCUCGAGUUUACAUCACCCCCCUCUGCCCCAAAGCCCAGACUUGAGUAAGUUUUAAAUUGUUUUGCUCUGGUGGAUUUGUCUGGUGUGAAAUCUUGAUCCCUGUAAUAAAUAUUCAGAUGGUAAUAUAUACAAAGCAGGAAAAAAAAAGAAAACAAACAUUAUCUUGUGAAAUAUACUUUUGUAAAUAAUAUUUAAUUUUUUUAAAAAAAUAAUAUAUUUGGUGCUGUUUUCUCAGAGCCCCUCCCUGAGAGCACUUUUUUGUUGUUUAUAAAUAAUACUGUUUCCUUCUGUAUUUGUUGGAAAAUAUGUUUAAAGGGAAACAAAAAUCAUAUAUAUAUGUUGUCCUCUUUAAGUCGAUCCAUUUCUCCUCUGGACGGGGCGGGAGAGGGGAGUCCCUCCUGCUUCCAUCUGGCAGAGUUGGUCUCUGGUGCAGGGUUAGGGACGGGAGCCCAGGGUCCAGGGCUGACGUGUGGGGCAGGAAGGAGUCCCAGGCUCUUGGGGAGACCUCCAGGAGGUCCCCUCUGGUGGCCUGAGCCCCCCUGUCAGCUCACAGUGAGUCCCACAAAAGCUGGUGGGGCUCCAUCUGAGAACGGCUUCUCCAGGGAGAUCUGGUUUGUAGGGUCCAGGCCUGAAAUUUUCUCUUGCACCAGUAUUGGCUGGAGUGAAGUAGAUACUGAGACGUAGGAGACAGGAUUGAAUAGAAGCUGCAACCUCUGAGUCGCUGUUUCCAGUUGCUUGGGGGCAGCAGGGAUGGAGGAUGGAGAUUUCUAACUAGUUGUCGUUUUUAAACUAAAACAUAAGUCUUUGGACAGGGAUCCUGGUUUUCUUUUGGGGUUUUUUUUGUUGUUUUGUGUUUUUGUUUGUUUUUGUUUUUUUUUAAACCAGGCUGCUACAUAACAAAUUCAAGUAAAAGUUUACCUCUCUGGCAGUAAAGUUUUUUUUUUUUUCGUUUUUCUUUCUGUCUUCAACCUCCCCCCUUCUCCCCCUUCUUCGUUUUUAAUUCAUUGGGUCUCUUGUUAAUCCCAAAGUGGACCAACAGCACAAACCACUGGACUGUGUUUUGCUGAGCGAGGAGCUGUUUUCAGCGCUGAGUAACCGUUGCACGCUCUUUAGUUCUCUUGUUUUUGGUGCACACGACUUCAAAAAUACCACAGGAUAGAAACCCCUGCGAACGAAAUCUGUUGUUCUUGUGAUGAUCAAGUGAGAGUUCUCUCUGUGUGUGCAUUUUUCUAACUGGUAUGUGAGAGUGUGUCAAUCAUGCAUUUCACUGCACUUCCUUGUUUCGGGAGGAGCGUCGCGUUUCCGAGUGAACCAGUCCUUGGAUGAAGCUGUGACACCCAAAGACCCCGGUGGGUGAAGAGAUCGGCGAGAACCAGAGCUCAGCUCAGUGGGAAGGAGCUUUUCUCACCAGGUGAGAAGCCUCAGAAAUCAAAUGCUCAGAAACAAAAUUAACGUUAGACGUAGAUUUCGCAGAAUCCUGUUUAAAAAGAGUAAGCGGAAGAGGGGAAAGAAAAAUCAUCUUGAAUUCAGAAAAAAAAAAAAAGAAGUAAAAAAUCAACACAUUUAAAUGCAAGCAGAAUGGCAUUGUGUAAGGUACAACCACAAAUAAGCUAUUCUCAUCGUUACGAACUGUAUGUAUCCUUUGUUUUGUUUUUCAUGAGGAAAUGGGAAUGCUUUCCCCACUGACAAAACUGAAGGACGAUAUUUCCGAUACCAGCCUGUCUAUCGAUGCUCUCGUGUUUACAAAUUGUGUAUACUUUUAUUUCUUUGAUCUUGUUUUAAUUAUUAUUUUUUUUUUUUGGCAUAUUCUUUCAGGUCAUUUGCUUCAGUAAUAAAUGCAAUUGUUUGUUUUCAAAUAAUUGGUUGCCACCUUUUCAUGUAUUUGUACAUUGUAUAUAGUUCUUCAGUAUUAGAGGGAGGCGUAUUGUUUGUCAUAUUUACAAUAUGUGUUGGUGCUCAUUUGAGAAAAUAAAAUUUUCAAGUACUAAA